UUGGGGCGGACGGCGGCUGGCGGUUGGGAGCCGUGCGCGCGCCGGGCUCUGCGUCCUGAAACCGCCGUUAUGUACUCGGCGCAGCCGCCGCCGCGACGGGACUUCAUCUCGGUGACGCUGAGCCCCGGGGAGGCGGCGGGGGCAGGCGGCUACAACAACAGCAAGGCCUGGAGGAGGCGCUCCUGCUGGAGGAAAUGGAAACAGCUUUCUCGACUACAGCGGAGUGUAAUUCUCUUCCUGUUUGCCUUCUUGGCAGUCUGUGGAGUCAUUUCAUACACAAACAUGGGGGAACAGUGGAAAAGUAUAAUGAACAAAUCAUCAGAAGAUCAGAAGACAGAACUAGAAAUCCCUGGAUUGAAACCAGCAAAUCCAGCUGUUUUACCAGCACCGCAGAAAGCAGAUGCCAACUACCCAGAGCUUUCACCUCAGAAACAUUCAAGGCUGCUUCAUGUCCGACGUGGUCCUCCUAAUCUGCAGAUCAGACCUCCACGGAGAGAUGCAAGGGUAAAGGCCCAAGAUAUUGCUGGCAAGACUGAGGAAGAAGGUGGCCAGGCUGAUAAAGAAGAGAAAACAGAUAAGUCCAUUAUUAGUUGGAGAGGAGCAGUGAUAGAACCUGACCAAAACACUGAACCUCCUUCCAGUAAAAUAAAGGAACCAGAAAAACCAUCAUCUGUGGAAGAGGAAGAUCAGAAAGAGCCAGUGCCCAUAAAUGAACGUCAGAUGGCUGUGAUAGAAGCAUUCCGCCAUGCAUGGAAAGGUUAUAAAGAGUUUGCCUGGGGACAUGAUGAACUGAAGCCUUUGUCCAAAUCCUACAGCGAGUGGUUUGGACUCGGUCUUACGUUAAUUGAUGCUUUGGAUACCAUGUGGAUUUUAGGCUUAAAAGAAGAGUUUGAAGAAGCAAAGAAAUGGGUGGCAACUGAUUUACUGCUUGAUAAGAAUGUGGAUGUGAACCUCUUUGAGAGCACCAUUCGUAUUCUGGGGGGUUUGCUGAGCGCCUACCACUUAUCUGGAGAUAGCCUCUUCCUGGAAAAAGCUAAAGACAUUGGGAGCAGGCUUAUGCCAGCAUUCAACACACCAUCCAAGAUACCAUACUCAGAUGUAAACAUUGGCCGAGGCACUGCCCACCCACCUCGUUGGACGUCUGACAGCACCGUGGCAGAGGUGACCAGUAUUCAGCUGGAGUUUAGGGAGCUCUCUCGUCUCACUGGAGAUGAAAAAUUCCAGAAAGCAGUAGAUGUGGUGAUGAAGCAUGUACACUCUCUCUCAGGGAAGAAUGAUGGGCUGGUGCCCAUGUUCAUAAACACCAACAGUGGGCAGUUCACUCACCUGGGUGUCUACACUCUGGGAGCCAGAGCUGACAGCUACUAUGAAUAUUUGCUCAAACAAUGGAUCCAGGGUGGGAAGAAAGAAAAUGAACUGUUGGAAGAUUACAUGAGAGCUAUUGAGGGGGUGAAAAAGCAUCUACUUCGGACAUCACAACCCAAGAAGCUUACCUUUGUAGGUGAACUUGCUCACGGACAUUUCAGUGCCAAGAUGGAUCAUCUAGUUUGCUUCUUGCCUGGGACGCUGGCUCUUGGCGCUCACAAUGGGCUGACUGCUGAUCACAUGGAGCUGGCCAAAGCCCUCAUAGAAACUUGUUACCAGAUGUAUGCUCAGGUAGAGACAGGCCUGAGCCCAGAGAUUGUACACUUCAAUCUCCAUGCACAAAAGGACCGCAAGGAUGUGGAGAUCAAGCCUGCAGAUAGGCACAACCUGCUGCGACCUGAAACUGUGGAAAGCCUGUUCUACCUGUACAGAUUCACAGGGGAUAAGAAAUACCAAGACUGGGGUUGGGAGAUCUUGCAGAACUUCAAUAAGUAUACACGGGUUCCUUCAGGUGGUUAUACUUCCAUUAACAACGUCCAGAACCCCAGUAACCCAGAGCCGAGAGAUAAGAUGGAAAGCUUCUUUCUUGGGGAAACACUCAAAUAUAUGUUUCUUCUGUUUUCGGAUGACAUAGACCUAAUCAACCUUGACAAAUAUGUAUUUAACACAGAAGCUCACCCCCUUCCUAUCUGGGCAUCAGCAUAGAAGUACUAUGUGAACCUUUGGCAGCGGGCUGUUACUUUGAGUCACUUUACUGUGCAGGGUUUGAACUGGGAUAGCAGAGAAUUGCUCUAUUUACCCUUUCUUGGUUUUUAAAAAAAUUGGAAAAGCAUCUCUGAUUUAGAGAAAUCUAUCAGUCUUAAAUCUAACUCUGUGCUUUAGCUCGGGGAUGAACAAUCUGUGCACACUAUACUGCUUUGCCUGGUUUUGAUGCAGACAUCAUGGUUGGGUAAGCAAUUGCAAUGUGGACCCUGAUGUUAAUAGGUUUCUGAGCAACCAGUGACUCACUCAUGCCAUUCUCUGUAGAUUUUGGUUAGAUUUCAGGACAGCAACAAGUAGUCUUAUAGCACAGGAUUGUCUCUGGAGAGAAGGAUGUACUGAAAAGUUUUGACUCCAGCUCAUUCCAUGGUAUGAGCCUGUAAUAUCUCCAUAUGGGAUGUGGGAUAGACAGAGAACUGUACCAUUGUUCCAGUACAAAUGGGGAUGUCAGUAAUAUUGCUGACACUUUGAUCUCAUUCCAAAUCAGUGAGCUGUGCAGCAUUAUGUCUGAAGAGAGAAGUUAUGUUUCAAAAACAUCUAUAGUACAGCAUCUGAAUUUAUUGAGCUGUGGCUAAAAUGAAUGAAUGGUGGUAAAUUGAGUACAGAACUUGCUGCUGAUUUAGUUCAAAGUGGUAUACAAUUUUGUAGAUGUAUUGCAUUUUUUUUUAACUUAUCUGCAGGAAUGCAGGAGACAAUGUGAAAAGCAAACUAUACAUACAUGCAUUUAUAUUUAUAUAUAUUUGCAUCAGUUAGACUCAGGUAUUCUGACUGAAAGCUGCUUUGCGAGGUUGAGCUACAGAAAAGCUGGUGAGCACAUUAGGUGUAAUUCAAACUCAACUUUCUCAGAUCUUGGAUUUUAAAAAUGUUAUGUUGGAUCAGUGAGGCUUGUUGUUGUACAGAGUAAUUCCUACUAUUUAUCUUACUAUGGAUUAACAAGGAGGGGUUUUCAAUUCUUUUUUCUUCUUCUUUGAAGUACCUUGCUUGAAAGUGUUAUAUUCCCCUGUAGAAUUAAAUACAGAUGGUCUGAGGGUCUUCUGACAUGGAUUCAGAAUGUGGUCCUACUGAGAGGGUCUUCCCUCUCACUAGUACUGCCCGUAGACUUGCUAAGAGCUGUUUGGGUCCUUUGAGGAGAAACUAGACCUAAUGCUUAUGUAUAAAAGUAUCUUCUGUGAGUCUAGGGUCUUGCAUUUUUUAUUUCUGGAAAUGAGUUUCAAAACAUGAAUUUUGAAAGUAGCUAACUUUUAUGCAGUCCUGUGCACACCAAUAAGUUGUGAGAGAAAAGUGCUAGUUAAUUUAUUUUGGGGUUUCUCUUUCUGUCAUAGUUUCCAUUCCCACAGGUCUCAUUAAUGAGAAGGGAAGUUACAGGUACGUGUGUAGGUACAAUCGACUCUAAAUUUGGGGCUGAGAAAUAGUGGUAAUAUAAAGCGACCCAUAGCAAUUCACUUAUGGAUUUAACAGUAAAUGUAACUUUCUGUUUUGUGAAGUAACCAAUGUCUUUAUAACUUGUCUUGCUGGAGUAGGACAUUACUAUUUGGACCAUUUUUUAAAUAUAUAAGCCGUACUUACCAUUCCUUGAUGAUGGCACAUGGAAAUGAAGAAACAAUUACUGCAAAUUAUAUUUCUACAUAUAUAUAACACAGAGAGAGAGAGAGAGAGAGAGGUACUAUUUUUUUAAGUUUUGUUGAUGCUGGGAGUUGGGGAUUUGCUGAUAUCACAGGUUAAUGCAGAAUGAGGUGAUCCACAAGUUCAAGAAUUUUAGUAAUCUUGGAAUUCACAAGGUCUCCCCCUUAAGUGCACACUGGAAUUUAGAAGCCAUAUCCUAAGGCUGAAUAGUUGUUUUGUUGCUUGAUUUUUACAUGGUUCAUAAGAAUUCCGGAGUGUCUUGGUUGUAUUUAACGAGGCUUAAGAGUUAAUUUUCAGGAGGUGAAUAUACACCCUAGUGCAGAGAGCAUAUGCAAGGUUCUGUGUAUCACUUAAUCCCUGUGUUAAGGUCAUAAAGUGCAGUUGCACUCUUAGAAGCAUUUGACUCUGCAAAAAUGGCACUGUCGGGUUCCAUGUGUGUUGUGUUGCGAUUCCUUCCAUAUUACAUGAGCUCAGUGUACAAGCAGAAGGAUAUGGGAUGAAUUUCACUCUGAAUGAAUAAAGUGAGGGAGGAGUAAACAUUAUCCCCUUCCCCUCAAUCCUAAAUUUCUAUUCCAAAGCUAUUGGUCUGACUUAUUUCUUCUCUGGCUUCAUGCUGUCUUAGGAAACUAACUUACCGUAACUGGUGGUUUUUGUCAAUUCUUACCUUUUUUUAAUGUUUUGUUUAAUAUUGGUCAACAUGCUGCUCAGGGUAGAACAGAAACCUAAUGUCAGUUUGAAACCAUCAUUUAUUAUGCCUGAAACUUGUAAAUAGUCUGACAAUUGGCGAUCUGAUUGCUCCCUUUCUGACUGCUGAAGAGGAAGCUUUAAUUGCUUGUCAUGACCUGCUUUUGUGCCCCCUCAAAGAUACUUUCUUGCCUCUGAUUGGUCUGUGAAGUUUAAAGGCACAAUACUCCACCUUGAUGGCACAGCACAUCCUCUUCCUUUCCAGGCAUGAUAGGACCAGUGCUCAUUCUUGGUUGGAAAGAUUCCACUCCUGUACUGUAUGGUACUUUGAUCCAAAGCCUUAAGUGCAGUGAAUAUAAUCCAUCUACUUGGCAUAUCCAUGUAUUGAAUCAGUUCCCAUACUCAAAUAAUGGAUUGUUGCGGAAAGGCCAUAAUUUAAUCCAGUGAUGUUAAAAGCCUUUUGCCGUGAGCUGCCUUGGUUACUUUCCAAGAGCUUGAGUGCCUUGCCUAAUUCUAACAAAGUGCACACACUCAGACUAUUCAUUCGAACUUGUGACUGCCUCCACUGAGGAAUAAAUACUGCUUGGUUUGUUGUGUAUGGUCACAGCCUUGAAGUACUGCACACUUAUAGGGUGAGGCUAGUAGUGGGGUCUCAUUUAGGUACCUGAGUUUUAAACUAGGGCUUGGAAAAAUCUAUUAGCCCAAAGUAGAUAUGAAAGGUGGAUAUAGGGCAGAAGGGAAACCCCCAUUUGAGAAGCGCAGCCCCACUGCAACCCCUUAAGUACGGGGAUUUCUACCAAGGGGCUGUGCCUGGAAUCUGUUGGGCCUCCUUCAUAUUUUAUAUGGUCCUGUUAAGAGUCUGAUUAAAUCUGAAGCUCCACUUAUCCUCUCCAACUGCUGGGACGGAAAGAAGCUUUGCCUUUCAUUCUCCUAGUGCCUCCGUUGUGAGGGGCUGAGAGGGCAAGUUUCUGCUACUGUAGGCUUCCCUAGACUUUUUUUUUUUUUUUUUUUUUUUUUGGUUCUUCACCUGUGAAACUACAGUACGUACCCCUGCUGCUGUGAGCUUUUUCAAGAAGCAGCCUGAAAGUAAAAGGAAGACAAGUUUCCUUGCUGCUCUCAGGAUUCUGAACAGCAGCAAUGAAACUGACAAGUCUAGUUAGUUUCACAUUGCUGCUUGGCAGUCUCAUACCUGCAGUAGAAACACUGCAUCUGUAUAGCUGCAGCCUCAAAGAAAAUACUGCAUUUAUUCACUGAUGGAAGGUUAUUGGCACAAUGCAAAGGACUAAAAACUUCAGUUUUUUAAAUGAAAUCUUAUGUACUGUUGGAAGUGAUGACACAAACUUUCAUGCUGCCCAGGGAAAGUUUCUGACUUGUGUGUGGAUUUUUCAAGUCCUGAGUUAAGCUAUUAUAUUCUGUAACCAGAGGCAGCAUUUACUGUUUCUGGAACUUGCCCCUACCCUCCAUAUGGUUGUAUGUCAUGAUACAGUGGAAUGAUGAGCCUUUUGGUAACAAAGCCACUGCUGUAGGUCUUAAUCCAGCAUGCUGGGCUGAGUUAGUGGGAGGAGCUGUCUGCUCCUCUUACCAGCUGGUCAAUUCAUGUCUUGUGAAACAUUCCUAGUUCUGUCUCUUUCUCUGAACUAGUUACUCUGACACUUUUCCCAGGAAAUGGUGUAUGGCCUUGCAAUAGCUGUGACUAUCCCAGUUGCCUCUUUGUAGGAUGUACUUGAUAACUAGGUUAUUUCACUAUAUACUCUUUUCUCUUACCAAGAUUAAAAAACCAUUAAGGAAAUCUCUGCUGAACUGGGUCAGAUUUGUCUGCCCUAGAAAUCUGCAGCAGAUUAUGAAGCAUGACACUCCCCCUGCCCCCUCCAUUUGAUGGAGCUACUUUUGACAGGACAAAAGCUGAAUUAUGCUUCAAAGCCUCACUAUAUAUUUAACUUAUCCCCACACUGUAUCAUCUAAAAGCCUUUACUAUUUGAUUUCCUCUAUACUUCGCCGACUUUCCUUUUUUAGCACUUCCAGGCAUUCUCCCCUGAAGAGGAACAAAUCUAAUCUGCAGAACUUCCUUGUUAAGUUUCAUAUUUUAGACUCUUUCACAAGGUGCAAGAGGGUUAAAAAGAACUCUUGCCUCAUCUUGAAGUGGAAAGUUGGAAGUCCCCCAACGGGCAGAGCAGGCCACUGGUCACCACUUGUUCAAAGAUUGUAGCUUGCAGAGUACAUUCUAGGUGGCUCACACCUCGCCUAGCUGCUUUGUUAAUGCAUCAUGGGAUAAAGGCCGGUUCUAACCAUGGGCAUGGUCUCUGUGUGGUUUCUGCUUUUCAGGAGCAGGGAAUGCUAGCAAGGCCAUAUAGCAGAGCAAGAAUAAAAGGUUGCCAAGAGAUCCAUCCACCUGGCCCUGGCUUAUCUUGGGAGCUAGAGGUGGGGAUUCCAUUGGGGGAGGGGGAGAGUUGACUUUACUCCUUUCCCAUCUCUCCUCUGUAGAGACAUUCCGUGUGCCUCGCAUGGGGCACUAUGAACCCUGCUAAUUGCUGGAAUACUUCAGCUGUAACCUGUGAUUCUACUUACUACUCCUUGCUCUACGUUGGAAACUUACUCCCAGUGCCUGGAGGGUCUGCUUUGAAUCAUGUGAAAAAGCGUCAAGGACUGGCCCUAGUAUCUAUCUGAACCAACUGGGGCAUGAUGGAAGCAGAGAUUGAUCAGUGUAAAUAUUAACCAACACUGAACAUUGGGUUGAGCAAUGGUAAGAAGCUGAAUAAGUGCUGUACUUUGCCCACCUCAGUAACGCGUCUGGAAUGAUCUCUUGAUGGAGGCUUUCCAAAUGCUCCCCCCCACCCCCCCGUAAUCAUGGUAAGGAUAUACCUUUUACUUUAAGGCAUAUAAUUCAUUAGUAAGAUGUAAUAUUUUUUCAGUCUUGCUAGUAUUUAUUGGUACACAGUAUUUGCAGUAGGUAAGAGUCUACUUGUUAAUGUGCAAAGAUGAAUUUAUUUCACCUCUCAGGGUGAGAGAAAAAUAUCCUUUUUGUAUCCUCUUUGGUUAUAUUCAGAAGCCAGCCCAUGGAAUUCUAUCACAUACUUUAAUAAACUUGUAAUUUAUUUUAAAAUAAA